GCUUUUCGGCUCUCGAGCAGCGACGUUGUCGCAGUUGCUGCCUUUCAAUUUCCUUGGCACGUCGCGCGCUCAAAAAUUUACGCGACUACCGAAUUACAUAGAUAUAUAUAAAUAUAUAUAAGUCUUGUUCUAUAUGCAUUAAAAUAAUAUGUACAUAGAGCAUUGUGUAUAGCAUGAAAUUGGCAUAAACAAAUGCGGUUAGUUGAUUGUUUAAACAGUUUACAAAUCUAUUCAAGGCGCAAAUUCAGCGGUCAGAGUUUAUAAGUUUUUGCAAAUCAAAAAGAAACGUUUAUAGGACACAAAAUAAAUAAAUACAUUUUUGGAAAUUGCUGCCAUAAACUGGGUUUCCCAACAGUCGGUGUGGCAACAAGAAUCGGCAGAGAAGCGUACCAAGCCGCUUGGAGCAGCAGCUGACCAAGAAGGAGCGCACCACAAAGUUGCCGCUAGUGGGCGCUUUGGUGCACAAGGCGCUGCAAGUACGCGACAGUGACACCGAUCUACAGCAACUAGAAAUAAACAACAACAUCACUGACACUGACAACAACAACAACAACGAGAUCUCCAGCAACAAAAUGGUCUUGCCUUUCGGCCUUGGUCCCGAUGGCCACCAUGUGGAUGCCAUACAGAGUGCUCCGGCGCCGAGUGCACCACCGGCUCACAUGGUGGUGCCACCACUGUAUGCCCGUGGCCAGACCAACAUAUACACAGGUGUGCCCAUCAUUGUGAAUCCCUACAUAGACUUCAUAGUGGUCAAUGGCGACGAUCGCUAUAUGAUACGUUGUGAACGGAAGUCGGUGCUGGAGCGCAGCGUGGAGUUGGCCAAGUUAAUACACGCGGGUCCAAACAGUGGCCGCAAGAGCGACAACCAUUUCCAGAUACUCAAUGUGGAUAAGAACGACUUCGAGCUGAUCGUGCGAUAUAUGGAGAAACACUUUAUUCCCUAUCGCGAUCACAAGCAUCUGCUCAAGAUUCUCGAGCUGGCGGAUCGCUUCAAUGUGCCCGAUUUGAUCAUCUACUGCAUACGUGAACUUGAUCUCAGCAUCUCGAGUGCCACGGCACUGGACAUAUACAAGGCGCUGUGGUACUACCAGGGCAUUGCGCUGACCAACCAACACCAGACGAUGAUCACCACACAAGAGACUGCCCAACAGCUGGCCCGGAAGCAGGCGUCCAAGGCGAAGGCGGCGGCCAAACAAUUGGCAGCGGCACAAGCGCAGACAAAGGAAAAUGGCGCCGAUGGCGAUGGUGCUCAGGUUAAUCUCAUACCCAAUCCGAAUCCCUUCACCACUGAGGACUAUGGCGUUGCACUGCUCCACAACACACUCCAGCUGAUCGAUAUGCAUGCCGAGCUGUUGCUCUCCAUGCCGGCCAUUUUUGAUCUGCGCUUUGAGGAGCUGGAGACUCUGGCCAAGAGAGACACACUCCAGCUGCGCUCGGAGAUCACUCUCUUCGAGUGCCUGGCCAGCUGGAGUCUGGCGGAAUGUGCCCGCAAGAAUCUCGAUGCCACGCCCGAAAACCGACGCACGGUUCUUGGUCCGCUCUGCCUCACACCGCGUUAUCUGCGCAUGACCUCAUCCGAAUUUCGACGCUGCUGCGAUCGCAUCGAGCUGCUGCCACCCGUGGAGACGUCUCUAAUCAGCGAUGCACUGGAGGGCAAAAAGCUAAAGAACCUGACGGAUCAGCAAACGGAGCUGCUGGAGAAGUUUCGCACACCACGCGCCGAAUACGCCCGUAUGCCGGUUCAUCUCAGCGAUCGCAGCAGUCCAAAAAACUAUCCCAAGAAGAUGAGGUUGGCACAUGAGGGUCGUGCCACCGAGGAGGGAUGCUGGGAGAAGGUGGGAAUCAAUUGUCUGCGUGUGUUUGUCUGCAUUUUCGAUUGACGUUCCGGCGAAGAUGAUGAUGAAGAUGAGGAUGAUGAUGAUGAUGAUGAGGAUGAAGAUGUUGCUGAUGAUGAUGAUGACGAAGAACCGGCGAUAAUGAAUCCCACAUAGACUUGUUGCAUUAACGAAUAUUAGCGCUUAUGAAUUACAUAUAUACAUACAUACAUACAUACACACAUAUAUACAUAGUUAUAUAUAGUUAAUGAUUAUGAUGUUUGUCUUAUGGGCAAUACAUUUUAAAACACAUUACCAAGUGUUACCAAGUGCUGGCCAAAUGUGUCUGGCAGUGAUUUUAUAGCAGCUGUUUCUAACAUACUUACUAUACAAGAACUAUAUAAAAAAAAAGAUAUAUAUAUAUACAUAUAUAUAUAUAUAUAGUGUUACAUAUAUAGCGAAUGUAGGUUUAACUGUCGUCGCCAACUGAUUGAUUGGGUUUUUGUAUUCAACUAGUCAAAGAUAUAUAAUGAGAAACAAAAAUCUAACUAACAAAAAAAUAAAACAAAAAGAAAACAGGAAAACAAAAUAAGAACAACAAAUUUUAUACCAACUUUAUGCAACGUUUUGUAGCUGGACUCAAAAUACAAAAUACAAAUUACCUUAACUAUUUAGGUAUGGUUAAAAAAAAAUACAACAUACUAAUAAGCAUUUAUCACUGGUCUAUAAACAGCAUAAGAAACUAAAAUAAAACUACAAACAAAAAAAAAAUACUACAAGUAAAAUUGAAAUUAAUCAAUCAUCAAAUUGAUAAAUCGUAAAAAUAGUUCAAAUUAUUGUGGAUUUUCAGCCGUUCAUAGCUAAAAAAAAAAAUUGUUUAUUAUUAUCAUGUGUGAGUGUGUGUGUGUUUGUGUGUGUGUGUGUGUGUAUGAAUGUCAUUUUAAUUAAUGUGUGAACAUAAAAUUUUUAUAUAAGCUCUGUUGACUUUGUUGCUCGGUUUUUGGCUUUAAAUCCUCAAAAAUCGCUUAGAUAACAAAUAACAAUCAGAUUAGCAUUAAUCAUAGCGAAUUAAUUAUGUCAAUAAUAAUAAACAAACACAUACACACACACACAAAUUCACACACGUACAAAUUGUUAACAGAUUUAUGCAUUUUAUAUUAGUUAAUAUUAAAAAAAAAGCACACUCAAAAUGCAAAAUGCAACGCUUUAAAAUUGUUUUAGAAUAAUUCCUGUUGCUUUAGUUGCGAUUUGAAUCAACUUGGCAAAUUUCCCAACGUCCUCACAUCAAAGUACAUUCAACAUGAAACCAAAAUUAGUUAAAUAAAGUAUGUACACAAUUUUCUAAAA